AUGACUAGCGCUGGGAAUCAAGCCGGUCCAACCGCUUCCGGAAAGGAAGUUAACAUAGCGGUAGUAGUGCGUGCACGGCCUCUGAACACACGCGAGGUUGCUCACAGUUCUAAGUCGGUGGUCCGGAUUAACACGUCUGCUAAUGUUAUCGAGAUCAGUCAGCAAAAUAGACAGCAAGCAAAGACUUAUUUCUUUGACAAAGUAUUCGACGAAACCGCCAGCCAAGAGUUCUUUUAUAGACAAGUCGUAUCUCCAGUAGUCAAGGACUUCCUCGAUGGAUUUAAUUGUACUCUCUUUGCUUACGGUCAGACAGGAACAGGGAAAACAUAUACAAUGAUAGGUGAUCAAGGGCAUUUUACGGGGGACCGGAGGGUAAAAUACGUCGAUUUUUCCACCAUCCCUCACGCAGGCAUGAUACCCAGGGUAAGUAAUGAGAUUUUCUCUGUGCUUGAUAGUCAAAAUGCAGAUUACCAAGUUCGCGUUUCGCACAUGGAGGUCUAUUGUGAAGAAAUCUAUGACUUACUCAAAGAUUCAUCUGACGAGCGAGAGGCGCUUAAACUUUUCGAAGAGCGGUCUUCAUACGGAGUUACUCCAAAAGGUCAUAGAGCAGAUGAGGCUAAAGAAUCCAAAGACUCUACUGCCCUGCCCUCCACCAACCUUCUUCAACCAGGGGACAAAGCAGGUGGAAGACUCGUUAUUUUGGGCCUUGAGGAGGUUCUUGUCAAAUCUCCUGGGGAGAUCAUGUCUCUUUUGAUUAAGUCGACCGAGAAUCGACGCGUGGCAGAGACUAAGAUGAAUUCCAGCUCAUCACGCUCUCAUUCCAUCUUCACUAUAUGUCUAAUUGUAAAGGAAACGGCGCCUUCUUCUAAUAACAAUACCGAUAUCGAUGUCAUACGUAUUUCGAAGCUGAACCUUGUGGACUUGGCAGGUAGCGAAUCAGCCGGUAAAUCGGGUGCAUCAGGAGAUCGCCAGCAAGAAGCCAGUAAGAUAAAUAAGAGCCUUCUUACGCUUGGCCGUGUCAUCAACGCUCUCACAGAGACAAAGCAGCAUAUUCCGUACAGAGAGUCUAAGCUGACCCGUCUACUACAGGAUUCACUCGGUGGCCGAACAAAGACAUGCAUAAUUGCGACCAUUACCACAGCAGACCUGGCAUUAGACGAAACCACUAACACCCUAGAGUACAUGUCAAGAGCUAAGAAGAUCAAAAAUCUACCAGAGGUGACCACGAAGAUUAGCGGCAAAUCCGUAUUGAAGGAAUACUCCCUGGAGAUAAAGCGCCUACGGGAGCUGCUCUCUGCUCAAAAGGAUGCUCAGGGAGGAAUCUUUCUUACCGUUGAAAACUAUGACGAGAUGAAUGAGGCGGCGCGCGUUAACAAGGCCCAGAUCGCAGACCUAGAAGCGCGGAUACAGCAAGCAACUAAGGAGAUGGAGCGAGUCACCGCACUGUUGGUUUCAGGGGAGCAGAAGGUCGAGAAGCUGAAGCUAGCUUUGAAUAAGACGGUAGAAAAGGUGAAUGAGCUCCACGAGGAGAAGUGUCGGCUUUAUGAGAAGAUUGUUCUUGGUCGUGAUAAAGAAAAGAUUAACGCAGCACAGCUGGAUCACCUUAGGGCUAACGGGGCCUCUCUCAUUCUUGAAAAUGUAUUUGGUCUAGAUUCUCUUCGUCACAUGAUUGAUAAGAGCGGGAUUUCCUCUGCGAUAAUAGAGAUAGAGAAAACCGUAUCUGCUUGCAAGGCAGAGCUCUCACUCUUCUCAAAAGCCCUUACCCAGGUCCUAGAUGAGCAUAAGAGGAACUUAGAUGGUGGCUUGGAAAAGCUGUUGGAGAAGCUUAUGGUUCCUGUUCUCAAAAGCUCUGCAGAAGUGCUUGGUACAAGCAUUCCAGGACUUUUAGAGACAGACUUAUUGGGGAAGUUGUCGUCUGAGAUGAAAAGCCAUCUUAUGGAGGAGGCACGACAAGGAUUAUCUUCCUUUAUUGUUAAUCCUCAAAUCGAGCUCCUUCGCAAGCUGACAGAAGGGUCUACUGCAUCCCUGGGCUUACUUGAUAACUUGUCUAGUGCGCUCGAUAAGUCUUCCGAAUCGGUUCAGUUGCUACUGCAAAAUAUCUUAGCGCAGAUUCAGGUUUUUGCUGAGAAGGAAACAGCAUUUCUUUCGGGGCUGGAUUCAUUUCUAGCAAGAGAAGUGGAGCAUCGUACGCACGCACUGGUCUCUAAUCUGGAGAAACAGCUGCAAGCCGCGCACAAAAGUGUUCUUUCGGAGUUUACUGAAGUGCUAAGAUCUAGUACUCAGGAGUUGAAGGACAGUCUCGCUAAUCAGUGCAAUACUCAACAUGGUCGGAUCGGCGUACUGACAGAUACUGUCGACACAUGGAGAGCUAAAGACGUACCUACUGUAGUUGAAAGAUACGCAGACAUCACUCGACAACUCAGUGAGCUCCGUUCGUCCAUGAACCUUUCUCAAGCCAUCGUGUCUAGUCACACAGACUCUGUCAAGGACGCUACGUCUAAGUAUGAAGAGCUUCUUGAGAGGUCUUUUGAUAAGGAGGUAACAGGAAGUAUAGCGGCACCCAUUACCAAAUCCAUAAAACAGCUAACACAGAUUGGGGAAACAUUAAUGGACAUGAUGGAUGCCUUCACAGUCCAGCUAGGCAGCAUCUCUAAUACAUCUCAUGCUACGCUUGUGGAGAGAACUGCGCAACUUUCUCACACAUAUAUUCAGGAAGGUGUUGUAGACAAACUUCUGAGCGGGGCUGUGCUAGAUUCUACAAUUCGAGAUAGUGCUCCAGCAAUUUCCUUGCUGGCCGCAGAUCUUGAGAAGGAUUGUUUGGCCACUGCUGACGGUGCCUCAGAGGGCACCUUUGCUAUGGUUACCAACAUGGCCGUGUGCUCCAUCUCAGAUCUGAUCAGUCGCUUUGAGGCUUCUGUAGCGUCUGCAUUCUCAACCCUGGUUUCUAAUUUCCACCUUACGCCUGUUAUUCAGACUGGUGGGUCUUCUUUGCAGACCCCUGCUUUGGCGACACCCAAUGUACGGCCCAUUUCCCUCGCCCAAACACAUACUGAAUUUGUCUAUGGAGUAGUUACCCCAUCUGUUCCUCUUAAUAAGAGCAUCUCAAAUAAAGAGCCCCUAGCUACUAUGCAAAAGCUCAACGAGUCCGGCAAUCCAACUCCAACCAAAGCACCCACAGGAGCGUCACCACCUCAAAAAUAA